AUGCCGGAUGCCCAAGUCCGGAAGACCGAACUGCAGGAUCAGGACCAAACGACACCGCCGCCUUCAUACAAACGACGGCGGAUAGCUCUAGCUUGCACAUCCUGCAGGAAUCGCAAAUCACGUUGCAACGGGGCUAGGCCUUCUUGCAGCCUCUGCGUCGAACUCGGUUUCGAAUGCAUAUAUCAACAGCCUGCUGCGGGCAAUGUCAGGCCUCCUCAGCUGCAGCCAGGCUAUGACGAGCGGUUGCGGGCUAUCGAGGACACGCUCAGGCUCCUCGUGAACCGAAACCACCCUCCGUCGGAUAGUCCUGAUCAGUUAAACCCACCAAGCCACGAGCAAAAUCGGCCGAGUCAAGAAGCCAACACCUCUGUCCAAGAGCCAAGACAGGUGCCGAACGAUGAUGAAGACGUUGCCAUUCUCGACGAAGAUGAAUCUCUGCAGCAAAAUGCGGAGGACUCUGUUGAUGGCAUGGCGGCCAUCACGGACCCGGAAGAAACUGAAUCGAGGUUUUUUGGUCCAUCCUCCAACAUAGCCUUGCUCCGCCAUAUAUCCGAUGCGACUUCAGCUACAUUGAGAGCAAUAGGGCAGUCUCGACACUCAGAAAGUGGAAUAAAUCAGCCAAUUGUCUCGAGAGUAGCCUCUCCGGUCACCACGACUCUCUCGGAGACGAGCCCCAUCGCUCGACACCACAUCAACAUUCGGUCCCUCCCUCCCGAAGCGCGCGCGCUGCACCUCAUCAGGCUUUUCUUCUCGGAUACCGGAAUGCUGUUUCCCUACAUCCACGAGCAGGAUGUUCUGCGUACUUACUCUGCGGCACGGCGAAAUCGCUUUAGUGCCGUGAGCCGUUCCUGGCUAUGCCUCGUAAACGCCAUAUUUGCGUUUGCAACCUACAUCAGCGCUAAGCCUAACCAGUCGGCUGAAAAGAAUGCCGCCGAAUCAGAGAUAUUCAUAGAAAGGGCACAUGCUUUGUCGGCAGAGAUAGAGAUGAAAUCAGCCAGCUUGGAGACGGUUCAAUGCUUGCUCUUGAUGGCACAGUAUCGUCAAGGCACUCAACGAUCUGACCAGGCCUGGAACCUACAUGGCCUCGCGGUCCGUGCAGCCAUCCAACUGGGACUACACUCGCAGACGGCUUCUUCUGGACUGAACCUGGUCGAAGCCGAGAUUCGCAAGCGGACAUGGUUUGGCUGUAUGAUCCUGGACAGGACACUAAGCAUGACCUUUGGUCGCCCUUGCAUGAUGCCUAACUCCAUUGUGAAACUAGACCUUCCGUUGAAUCAAAACUUGGAGCGAUUGACAAUGCUGGGAAACUCUGCAACGUCAAUGAGCAGCUUGGACCCGCCAGACACAGUUUGCCUUUUCACUGCAACCAUACAACUGUACUAUAUAUUAGGAGACAUAAUCUGCGAACUCUAUGGAGGCAAUGUGGACGUUGAUCCAGGGCUGACCGUCCCAACAAUGCUGGAAAGGACUGUCGUUCUCGAACAGAAACUGGCAGCCUGGAAACACCACCUAUUUCCUCAGCUGCAACGAAGGCCAUGGGAUACUCUCGAUCCUGACUCCGUCUCAGUCUCUGCCUGGGACCCUGUUUUCGACAGAUUGAGCGUCAUCAUUACGCUCAGAUAUCUCAAUACGCGGAUCUUACUACACAGACCCAUCUUGAGUGCCUUCUUACGACAAAGGGCUCGUUUGAAGGGAUCUGGAGAACCGGUCGAGCAGGAAGAUCCCUUCUUUAAUGACCUCGGCGAACGAAGCGUCAAAAUUUGCCAGCAAGCCGCCAUGGAAAUCGUCGAGAUUGUCCACAAGACGAGUAAGCCACCUGCAUUACUCGGGGCGUGGUGGUUCACUGCCUACUACACAUUCAAUGCGGCUCUCGUGAUAUUCAGUGGCAUUUUGCUAGAGAUCACCCCAUUGAACGUACGGACUGCAAAUGGUCCACCGGUAACCACCACCGAUUCUUUGGAUGAAACCAAAAUUGUCGAAAUGAUUACGCGACUCCGGCGGGCAAUGGAGACGCUUAAACAGUUCGGCGAGGGCACCAAAUCCGCAAAGAGAAUCAGGAAGACACUCUUGAAGCUGGUGCAGAUAUGCAUGACACUUGUGCAGUUCAAUCCGGAACACGGUCCAGCCAUCUUGUCGGCCUUGUCCUCUGAGGCCCAAUUAAGUAGCCAGAGCAACAGCCUCUCUUUGCAAUCCCAAGGAGGAAUGGAUGGGAGCAUCGCGACGAAUGGUCUCCUGCCGACCAUGGGCCAAGACGACCCAUUCGCAGCUUUUGACAUGAGCAUGCACCAAUAUUGGACGGACAAUAGUCUCGACCUGUUUGCAGACCUUGUCGGCGUUGAGCCAGGUUUGACGGCAAUGAUGGCCGGCUGA